UCGCCGCCCGCGGACGCGAUGCCGCGCGGGACGCCCCCCAGGAAGACCGUCUACCGCAUCUCGGUGACCAUGGUCAGGAAGGAGCAGCUGGCCGCUCCUGUUCCGCGCCCCGCUCGGCGUCCCCGGCCCGCACGUUCUCCGGACGCGCCCGGGCGACUGGAAGAGGAGGCCGAGGAGGCGGCGGCUGAGGAUCCUGAGGCCGGGCCGCGCGCCUGGGACUUCCGCGCUUUCCGCACACGCAGCACCGGGCAGCUGGAGCUCGGGCGGCUGCGGCCAUGCACACGCGGCGCGGAGCCCGAGGACCUGAUGGGAAGCCCCUCGGCCGAGGGACCCAGCAGCCCCGAUGGGGAGGAGGCUCGGGCCGCGCCCCUGCGGCGGAGCCUCAGCUUCAGGCACUGGAGCGAGCCCGAGGCGCCGCGGAGCCCUGCGCUGAGCGGCGGGAGGCGCCACAGCAGCUCCGGGAGCCUGGCAUGGGCGCCUGACGACGAGGUCGAGGCAGAGGCCGCCUCGGAGCCGGUGGCCGGAGCGCAGCCCGCGACGGAGAAGCGCAACACCUUGGAUGUAGGCGAGGUGCUCAGCAAGAACGAUGCGCUCUCGGACCUGGAGCGCUGGGAGCGCAGCAAGAGCAAGAACCGCACGCUGGACAACAGCGACCUGCAGCGGCUAGAGCGUGCGCGGGCCGCGGCCGCUGGCCCUGGGGCAGCCUCGGAGCACCGGCUGCUGCGCUUCUUCAGCGGCAUCUUCGCGCGCAGGGACGGCGGGCCCUCACCCCGCAGCGGUGCCCUGCGCUCCCGCGGUUACUUCAGCCUGCGGAGGGCCCCGGCCGACACACACUCGUCCAGCGCAGAGAGCAUCGAGGGGUCCCCGCGCAGAGAUGCUUUCGUGAACAGCCAGGAAUGGACACUCAGCCGAUCUGUACCGGAGCUCAAAGUGGGAAUUGUGGGUAACUUGGCCAGCGGCAAGUCUGCACUGGUGCACCGGUACCUGACCGGCACGUACGUGCAGGAGGAGUCUCCAGAAGGUGGCAGGUUCAAGAAGGAGAUUGUGGUUGAUGGCCAGAGUUAUCUGCUGCUGAUUAGGGAUGAAGGGGGCCCCCCUGAGGCACAGUUUGCCAUGUGGGUGGAUGCGGUCAUUUUUGUCUUCAGCUUGGAGGAUGAGAUCAGUUUCCAGACUGUCUACCAUUACUACAGCCGAAUGGCCAACUACAGGAACACCAGCGAGAUCCCACUCGUGCUGGUGGGGACCCAGGAUGCCAUAAGUUCCACCAACCCGAGGGUCAUCGACGACGCCAGGGCACGGAAGCUCUCCAAUGACCUGAAGCGGUGCACGUACUACGAGACGUGUGCCACCUAUGGGCUCAACGUGGAGCGGGUCUUCCAGGACGUUGCCCAGAAGAUUGUUGCCACGAGGAAGAAGCAGCAGCUGUCCAUAGGCCCCUGCAAGUCCUUACCCAACUCUCCAAGCCAUUCCUCUGUGUGCUCCGCCCAGGUGUCAGCCGUGCACAUCAGCCAGACGAGUAAUGGAGGCGGGAGUUUAAGUGACUACUCCUCCUCCGUCCCUUCCACCCCAAGCACCAGCCAGAAGGAGCUUCGGAUCGAUGUCCCGCCCACUGCCAACACCCCAACGCCUGUCCGGAAGCAGUCCAAGCGCAGGUCCAACCUCUUCACGUCUAGGAAAGGGAGCGACCCAGACAAAGAGAAGAAAGGCCUGGAGAGCCGCGCGGACAGCAUCGGGAGCGGGCGAGCCAUCCCAAUUAAACAGGGCAUGCUGCUGAAGCGAAGUGGCAAGUCACUAAACAAAGAGUGGAAAAAGAAGUACGUCACCCUGUGCGACAAUGGCGUGCUGACCUACCACCCCAGUUUACAUGAUUACAUGCAGAAUGUCCACGGCAAAGAGAUUGACCUCCUGAGGACCACUGUGAAAGUGCCGGGGAAGCGGCCGCCCCGAGCCACGUCAGCCUGUGCACCCAUCUCCAGUCCCAAAACCAAUGGCCUGGCCAAGGACAUGAGCAGUUUACACAUCUCACCAAACUCAGGGAGUGUCACUAGUGCGUCUGGGUCUCAGAUGACAAGCGGCAUCAGCCUGGUCUCCUUCAACAGCCGACCCGACAGCAUGCACCAGCGCUCCUACUCAGUCUCCAGUGCCGACCAGUGGAGUGACGCUACAGUCAUUGCAAACUCCGCCAUCAGCAGCGACACGGGGCUGGGUGACUCGGUGUGUUCCAGCCCAAGUAUCUCCAGCAGCACCAGCCCCAAGCUUGACCCGCCCCCCUCCCCCCACGCCAACAGAAAGAAACACCGGAGGAAGAAAAGUACCAGCAACUUCAAGGCUGACGGGCUCUCAGGCACUGCUGAAGAGCAAGAAGAAAACUUUGAGUUUAUCAUUGUGUCCCUCACUGGCCAGACGUGGCACUUUGAAGCUACCACGUACGAGGAGCGAGACGCAUGGGUCCAAGCCAUCGAGAGCCAGAUCCUAGCCAGCCUGCAGUCCUGCGAGAGCAGCAAGAAUAAGUCCCGACUAACCAGCCAGAGCGAGGCCAUGGCACUGCAGUCCAUCCGGAACAUGAGAGGGAACUCCCACUGUGUGGACUGUGACGCCCAAAAUCCUAACUGGGCCAGUUUGAACCUGGGAGCCCUCAUGUGCAUCGAGUGCUCAGGGAUCCACCGGAAUCUUGGCACCCACCUCUCUCGGGUCCGAUCUCUAGAUCUUGAUGACUGGCCAAUGGAGCUGAUCAAGGUGAUGUCGUCCAUCGGGAAUGAGUUGGCCAACAGCGUGUGGGAAGAGAGCAGCCAGGGACGGACAAAACCCUCAUUGGACUCCACAAGCUUGUCCCAGUCUCCAGACAACCUUCCUGUCCAUGAAAGGCAGUGCAGCCCUAAAGAAGACAGGGGCUGGGAGCAGGUAGGCGGGAUCACCAGGAGGUGACCCUGGCUCCUGGGGUGGCCCCUGGGGCCCACUGCAGACUCUCAGGCCCAGGAGCGGGUCUGCAUCAUUGGCUACCUCAGGAUAUGGCCCGGCCAGCUGCCUUUGUGAUGUGCCAGCCCUGAGGAGGAGGGCUCCUUUGCAGAUUGUGUGGUUCCCGGCCAGGACAAUGGCUGUCCAUCAAGGCUAACCGAAUCUGUGUGUCCUGGGCCCAGUAGGGUGGGGCAGGGUGGUGUGAUGGAGAACCCCUGAUCAGAUCCAUCAUUCCUCCCUUGGGUCCCACCCAGCCUUGCUGACUGCAUUUUUAAAAACUGCCCUAAU